CACACCAGCACACAAUGUCAGGUAUCGAUUAUAAGGAAGCAAAAUCCAUUUAUUAUUUCACAGUAAAUGAUCUGGAUGGUGAACCAGUAUGUUUAGAGAAAUAUGAAGGUAAUGUCUGCAUCAUAGUAAACAUCGCUUCAGAAUGCGGACUUACCAAAACUAACUUCGAGGAGCUCAAGCAACUCCACAAGAAUUAUGCUGAAAGCAAGGGCUUAAGGAUUCUUGCUUUUCCCUGCAAUCAAUUCGCAAGGACUGAGCCAGGGGAUAGCUCCAGCAUCAAGCAAUACGUUAAGAUGCACAACUUGCCGUUCGAUGUGUUCGAGAAGAUACACGUCAAUGGGAGCGAUGGCUCACCUUUGUGGAAGUAUUUGAAGUUGCAUCAAGAAGGGAUAUUCGGAAAUUUCAUCAAAUGGAACUUCACGAAGUUUAUUAUUGAUAGGAAGGGAAAACCCGUUGAGAGGUUUGGUCCUAACACUAGUCCUAACGAGUUGAUUGAUACGUUGAAGAAGUAUUGGUAAAUUGUGUGGUUUCAUAUCAUAUCAUAUCAAUGUAGUAAAAAUUUCAUAGAAAUUGUACCAUUAAAAAUUGAGUGU